UAAGCACCUUAUUUAGUCCCAAGCAAUGAAAAUCAGCCAUAAGCUCGUCUGUAGCGCUUGUAUAUAAAGGCAAACCCCGACACAAGACACAAUCUGGUGGAUAACCACGGACAGAACUUGAAUUUUACUUACUCUCACUACUUUGACCCAAAACCAGAAUGGGAUCCUCUAAGCUGGCCCUGCUGCUGGUCUUUGUGUCCUGCGUGGAGCGCUGCCUGUCUGCCUCCUGUGUUGUUGACAGCUUCUCAGUCAAACAGGACUUUGACCCCAAGAGGUAUGCAGGCAAGUGGUACGCGCUGCAGAAGAAAGACCCUGAGGGGUUGUUCCUGCAGGACAACAUCUCAGCCGAGUACACCAUUGACGACGAUGGCUCCAUGACUGCCUCCUCCAAGGGCCGUGUCACCCUGUUUGGUUUCUGGGUUGUGUGCGCUGACAUGGCCGCUCAGUACUCCGUCCCCGACCCUACCACCCCCGGCAAGAUGUUCAUGAACUACCAGGGACUGGCCAGCUACCUGUCCAGUGGAGGUGACAACUACUGGGUGAUCGACACCGACUAUGACAACUACGCCAUCACUUACGCCUGCCGCACCGUGAAAGACGACGGCAGUUGUGAGGAUGGUUAUGCCCUGGUGUUCUCCAGGAACCCCCGUGGCCUGCCUCCUGCCAUCCAGCGUGUCGUCCGUCAGAAACAGGAAGACAUCUGCAUGGCUGGACAGUUCCAACCUGUCCUGCAGUCUGGAGCCUGCUGAAUAGAAAAGAGAGGGGAAGAGAGCACCAGCUGGCUGCAGUCUAGGUGGUUUAACGGAAAGAAGAGGGAGAAUGAGAGAGCGUAUGUGAGAAAAGGUAUACGUGUGUGAGUGAUCGAUGCGGAAAAAUGACAAAAGAAUGACAGGAGACCUACCUUCCUGAACUUCCUUUUUCACUCGUCCAUCCAUUAUAAGUCAAAGGAAAAUGUCACUGUUUUUGGGUGCAGCAGAGUGUUUUGGUGAAUGUCAAAGGUAAAAUAAAAAAUAUUUUUCUAAACAAAAA